GAUCGAUGUUGAUUUUUUUUUCUUGAUGAAUCUUCGUUAAGCUCGUUAAGAGUAAGUUACGCGCGCUUUCAUUCUUAAGUUUUAUUUUCUGCUUCGAGAUCAGUUUCUUGCCAAGUGAAUCAUUUUGUUGGCUAAUUUUUUUUUUGAAGCUAAGAAGUGAGUAUUAUUUAAAAAAACAUUGUAGUUAACUUAGUUGACCGGAGUGAAAAGGAGCAGUAUUUGAAAAAUGUCCAGCCCACCAAGAAGUAGCCGUACUUCCCGCCAGGAGACUGGCUCUCAAAACACACCACUGAAACAGACUACCAGCAUUAAUGAAACGGAAACGCCUCUUCGAAUGGGCAAUCGAGUACAAGAAGCUAUUGUUGAAAAUUCCGAUAAUGUGACAGUCCCUACUUCACCAGCCGUCGGAGGUUCUGGAAUGGGCGUAAUGGCACCACCAACAAGUCCGUAUGCUGCCGCUGCUGGUACUGGCACAGUUGGUAUGAGCGAGAUUGAUAUCAGCUCUCCGUUAAACUAUGGAACACCUAGUUCGGCGAGUUCGAUUCGUACACCUAGAUCGGGUAUUCGCGGUACUCCUGCCAGACAGCGUCCAGAUAUUCGAACUGACCGGCGCAUACGUCAAGUUAACGUAGGAUCUGAUCAGCUAGAACCUAUUCCGGAGGGUAGCCAACCAUCAGAAACGGAUUCGGCUGCAGCAAGUCAACCAAGAUUAGUUGUUUGGGGAACUAACAUUGUUGUUUCUGAAUGCUUGAAAAAAUUUAAGGAUUUUAUAAUGCGAUACAUCGAUCCGGAUGCAGCUCAGGACGAAAUUUCCGAAGGAAUGAAUUUAAAUGAACCUUUGUAUAUGCAAAAGUUGGAGGAUAUACAUACCCUUGAGGAGCCCUUUUUGAAUGUGAACUGUGCCCAUCUGAAAACUUUCGAUGAGAUUCUUUAUCGGCAAUUGAUUUGCUACCCUCAAGAUGUUAUUCCAACUUUCGAUAUAGCUAUUAAUGAGAUGUUUUUUGAGCGUUAUCCGGCUGCUGUUCUAGAGCAUCAAAUUCAAGUGCGACCUUUCAAUGCGGAAAAAACUAGAAGUAUGAGGGCUUUAAAUCCAGAGGAUAUUGAUCAAUUGAUUACUAUUAGCGGAAUGGUUAUCCGGACAUCAAACAUUAUGCCCGAAAUGAGGGAAGCCUUUUUCAAAUGUAUAGUCUGUGACUUUACUACUGUUGUAGAAUUGGAACGAGGUAGAAUUUCGGAACCUACAUUAUGUUCACAUUGUAACACCAAUCACUGUUUCCAACUAAUUCACAAUCGAUCCCAGUUUGCUGACCGGCAGAUGAUUAAACUUCAGGAAGCACCAGAUGAUAUGGCUGCUGGGCAGACUCCACACAAUGUACUGCUUUUGGCUCACGAUGAUUUAGUGGACAAGGUUCAGCCCGGAGAUCGAAUAACAGUAACAGGUAUCUACAAAGCUAUGCCAAUCCAAGAAAAUCCUCGUCAGCGUAAUGUUAAAUCAGUGUACAAAACGCACAUUGACGUGGUUCAUUUUCGAAAGGUGGAUGAUAAAAGAUUGUACGAGCAGGAAGAGGGAAAGGAUCACAUGUUUCCACCUGAACGUGUAGAACUUUUGAAAAAAUUGUCUCAAAAACCCGAUAUUUAUGACCGGCUGGUUCGAACUAUUGCGCCAUCCAUAUAUGAAAAUACGGACAUCAAGAAAGGCAUUUUACUUCAACUGUUUGGUGGAUCUAAAAAGAAACAAGCCACAUCCGGUAGGCAAAACUUCCGAGCGGAGAUUCAUAUUUUACUUUGUGGUGAUCCGGGAACUUCAAAAUCCCAAUUACUACAGUACGUCUAUCAUUUGGUUCCGCGGGCGCAGUAUACUUCUGGUAAGGGUUCUUCUGCAGUUGGUUUGACCGCCUAUGUAACUAAAGAUCCGGAAACCAGGCAACUUGUUUUGCAAACUGGUGCUUUAGUUCUAGCUGAUAACGGAGUAUGCUGCAUAGACGAAUUUGAUAAAAUGAAUGAUUCGACUAGAAGCGUACUGCACGAGGUUAUGGAACAGCAAACACUCAGUAUCGCAAAAGCUGGUAUCAUUUGUCAAUUGAACGCACGUACCUCCAUUCUUGCCGCUGCCAAUCCUUCGGAAUCACAAUGGAAUAAAAACAAAACAAUUAUAGAUAAUGUUCAGUUACCUCACACAUUAAUGUCUCGGUUUGAUUUAAUUUUCUUAAUUCUUGAUCCACAAGACGAACUUUUCGAUCGUCGUCUUGCAGCUCAUCUUGUUUCUUUGUAUUACGCGACACGCGAGGACAACGAAGAUAGUUUAUUUGAUAUGAGCGUUCUUCGCGAUUACAUGGCUUAUGCAAAGGAACAUGUUAACCCAGUUUUAUCAGAAGAAGCUCAACAGAGAUUGAUACAGGCGUAUGUUGAUAUGCGUAAAGUCGGUGCAGGGCGGGGUCAGAUUUCGGCUUAUCCGCGGCAACUGGAAAGUUUGAUCCGUCUCGCAGAAGCUCAUGCUAAAGUAAGACUUAGUGAAACCGUUGAAAUAGUUGAUGUCGAAGAAGCUUGGCGAUUGCAUCGAGAGGCAUUGAAGCAAUCUGCAACCGAUCCACUAUCUGGUAAAAUAGACGUUGGAAUUUUAACAACAGGUCUGUCCAGUGCCGCACGUAAAAAACGCGCAGAGUUAGUUGCUAGCAUUAAGGAAAAUCUCAAAGCCAAGGGCAAAAUUUCAACAUUACCGUAUCAAAAACUUUUUGGAGAAGUUAAAGAAGCGUCUCAAGUGCUGGUGACGAAGGAACAAUUUGAAGACGCAUUAAAAGAAUUGCAAGAUGAAGGUAUCAUCGUUAUCGUCGGCAACAACACCAUUCGAAUAUGCUAAAAAAACAAGGUCAUUGCUGUUGGGUCUAUUCAUUACACACCGAAUUCAUUUGAGAAAUAUUGUCAUGUCAUAUGAAAUAUAAAAAAUAUUUGCGACACAGAGUUUUACCUUUUCACGUAUGUGAUAUAUGUCGUUGUAUUGAGAAUCAUGCGGCAGUAUCUUACCUUUGUUUUUAUAUAAUGUUAAAAAUUAAAAAACGGAAAAAUGUAGUUUU